AACCCUCCCACAAAGGUGGUUAAUUAGUUAGCUUCAACUUCAUUGUCUCUUCUUUGCGUUGACACCAAGUUAUUAGCAAGAGAAGUUGCUUACCAACAAAAAAAAAAUAGUUAAGAUCAUGAGUAGCUAUAUUUUUCUUCGAAGAAUCAACCGCAGUAGUUCUAAUUCCGAUCAUGCAAAGAUGAUUUUGUUCGUAUUCAUCUUCGUCGUGUUCAUGCAAAUCAAAGCGACUGCAGCCAUGGGCAAAAUGGACUUUUUGGGUGAAUUAUCCGGCAGGGAGGAGCUGGUGAAGUGGGCCGGCUACGGCGAAGAAAAACUCUCCACCGUCGUAAUAGGCGGAAAGCUUCUCUGCCAUGCCGGCGCUGCACCAAAUGACAAAACUUCCAUCCAACCCUAUCCCAUUUCAGGGGCGGUUAUGGGGGUGGUGUGUGGAGGGAAGGGGAAGAAGAAGGGGUUAAAAUGGGCGGGAAGAGGAAGUACGGAUAGUUCUGGAGAGUUCCAAAUAGAUGUUCCUUCGCAUCUGCAUGCAAAUCCAAAUCUGGAAAAUAUUUGCCACGUUAGGGUUCUUCGUCUCCCAAGUUCUUCUGCGUACAGACAAUCUUGUACGAGGAAUCACGGUAAGAAACCAAUCAAAUUGGACUCAGUUGGUGAAGGGGUCCGCAGUUACACCACCCACAACAUAAAUUUGAUGAUGCCUCGUCGCAGCCAUACGUGAAAUUUAAAAACAAUUACAUAUGGAUCGAUCGAGAAAUCGAGCAUAUAAUUCUUGCAUGCAGCUUGUUUGGAUGGCGCUUUAAGUCACAGUUGGAGUUGCAAAGUAGAGAAAUGUAAAUGAUUAUAACUAAUGAUUGAUGUCUAUAUAUUGUGUUCUUUGUUUGGUUUUAGGGUUCAUGUUAUAUGAAUUAUGAAUUCAGAAAUAUUAAUUGGAGAAUUAUUUUGUGUGGAAA